UAUUUAAAUAUCCUUUAUCUAAAGUAACAAUUUAAAGAUGUAGCACUUAAUUUUAAUUCGUUUAUUUUUCUCCUUUAUUAUAUAAAAUUUGGUCUUUACAUUACCCUGUAAUAUUAUUGUAAUUAUUUUGCGACUCUGUUAAAGAUCAAUUGCAAGUACGAUGUAAUUUAAAAUUUGUUAGAAAUGAGACAUAUUUUAAUCUAUAAUAGCACAUUAUAUAAGUGCAGUUAUAAUAUAAACGUUUGAAUGGAAUGGAAUGCAUAAGUCGUAAUUAUGCACAAGCAGUAAACUGUUUAUAUAUAGUUCGAUAUUUACGGUCCCGGGACAGAGUAAUGAAAAAUGUAAUCUGGUUUGUUCAAUAAAAAAAAGAAAACACUGAAAAUUUAAAAAAUUCCUGAAUACAGUGGUGCAAAUAAAAAUGACACCGCAUACGGUAACAUCAGAAAUAUUCACAGAAAAUAAAAAUUCCUUUGUCAAGUUGAACAAUGGCACUGCAAUAUCCAGCUUUAUUUUUAAGUGUCCAUCUUAUAUGAUUAAGCCAAAUUGUGCCAACUCUAUUCUACCACACGAUAGCGAUGAUGAUUUAGAUAUAGAUAGACAAAAGGAAGAAAAAUUAAUAAUAGAACAUCGUACAACUACAAAGCUACAACAUGUUGGACUACAAGUAUGGCGAGGCGCCUUGUUGUUAGCUGAUUAUAUCCUGUCAAAUCCUGAUUUAUUUAAAGAUAAGACAGUUUUAGAGUUGGGAGCCGGAGUUGGUUUAACUAGCAUAGUAGCAAGCUUUUUGGCUAAAGAAGUAAUUUGUACAGAUAUCGAUGUAGAAGGAAUUUUAAAAUUAAUACGUAGAAACUUUUUAAGAAAUAGCGCUUACGUUAAAUCGAAGUUUUAUGUUAACGAAUUAGACUUCUUAAAUUCAACAUGGCCUACAUUUUAUAAAGAACGACUGAAUGAAGCAACAAUUAUUUUGGCAGCAGAUGUAAUUUAUGACGAAAGCAUAACAGAAGGAUUUGUUCGAACACUGAAAACACUUUUGUCUUCAGAAAUUCCAAAGACUAUCUAUAUCGCUUUAGAGAAAAGAUAUGUUUUUACUGCAGCUAAUAUGGAUACUACAGCUCCAAUGUAUGAAGAAUUUUUGAAACACAUCGAAACAGAGGAACAGAACUGGCGUAUCGAAUACAUUAAAAUAGACUUUCCAAAAUAUUUCAAGUAUGAUAGAUUAAAUAUUAAGUUACAAAUUUAA